UAUAUAUCUAGGAGCAUAUAGGUGGCAUACAGGUCGCAUCUCAAAGCUUGUUCGUAUCCUACCACACCUAAUCAGGCCUGAUUCCCAAGGUGCAGCUCGAAGAACCGGCGAAAGUCGCGCCCGUUUGUGCCUUCACGCCGCCACCAUGCCUUCGUAUCCACUCGAUUUUCCUAGCGUAUCGACAAUCUCGCGUCUAGCGACGCAGCCAUACCCGGCAUACCCACAUGGCAUCUUCGUAUCGCGACAAGUCUUCGAGCUUUCCAUGUCAGCAUGGACGCCCGUUGCCAUCGGUGCCCUGUACCUGCUCAUGUCCAAAACGGCCAACAGUCGCCUCAAGCGUCGCAUCGCACAGAAUAAACGCGGUGAAGCCCCUCCACCCAAGGACUACAUCAAGGGUAGCAAGAUCCUGAGCAACCUGGUGCUCGCGCACAAUGCUGCCCUUGCCGUCUUCUCGGCAUGGGCGUUCUGGGGUACAUUCACUCGUGUCGUCCCUUACUUUUGGCAUGGCGCCACCCAGGGAGGACUCCAAGGCCUUGGCAACGCGUAUUGCACUGUGCCAACGCAUGAUCCUACCGGACUCGGCGGUAUUCUCUGGUGGUUCUACAUCAGCAAAUACUACGAGAUCUUCGAUAGCAUCAUUCUCAUCCUGAAGGGUAAGAAGGUCUCAAAUCUCCAGAGCUACCACCACGCUGGCGCUAUCGCUGCCAUGUGGUCAGGCGUUCGUUAUUCAGCAAGCGCAAUUUUCAUCUUCUCGAUGUUCAACGGCGCCAUCCACACGCUUAUGUACAGCUACUACACGCUGUCCACACUCCGCCUUCCCUUUGCAAGUGCCCUGAAGAAGAGCAUGACAACAGCGCAGAUCACGCAGCUGGUCGUCGGCUGCUUCAUCGCCUCGCUGUCCCUCUUCGUGAGCUACUCUCCCACCGCCUACCCAUCUGGGGCACUCCCAUCGAUCGGUGAUCUGGAGGGCAUACUGUCCAGCCGAUCCUACCAAAAUUUGCGCGAAGUGUUGAAGAGCGAGACUGUUACAGCGGCGCUGGGAGAUACCAAUUCCUUCACCGCACAGAUGCGCAACUACCUCCUCACCCUCGGCACUGUGAGCGCAAGCGGAAGCAGCAAUACGUCGACCCAUGCCUCGCACUCUUCCUCCACUGCGGUCCCUGCGACGACGCCUUCAAUUCUUCUUCGCGACGGCUUGCUGUAUGCUGUCGUAUACCUGCUUCCGCUCAUCCUGCUAUUCGUGCGCUUCUACCUCAGGAGCUACAGAGUCAAGCAGGUUGGUGAGCAUGAGGGCGGUCCUGCCAUCAAGGCCAACUUGAAGACCAAAAAGUCGCAGUGAAGCGAGCCAUUGUGACGGGGCGAUCUGCGGCGCACACUCUCUCAACGACCGUCCAUGCCAACUCAUCCAGCCGCACCAAUACAUUUACCAUAUUCGGAUUUAGCCAUGCUUUUUUUGUUUAACCACACAGCGUGUACUUGUAACAUACUUUGUAUCAAGACCUUCCAGCUCGCAAUCAGGCCAUUGCACACACCUAUAUAUACGCCAAUUGGGCCCAGCCCGCAUGACGGAGAUUCGCGUCGGGAGCAAGGCGACAAAGAGCUCUAGUUGAAUAGCCAAGGACAAACCGGCAAUGGCAUCUGGCGACACUGCCAUGUGCGAAGCAGCGAACCCGAUGGGUGGAUUUGAAUGCGAGCCUCUUUGAUUGCCAGCCACCAGCGUGCAG